AUGAUGUUUGCAAUGUAUUUGGGUCUAGUAGCAAUUUUAGCAAUACCUUCAGUUCUUAAAAUUUUAAUUUACACAAAGAAGAGUUCACCGACUGAAGCAGCCUACAAGCGGUAUAUACAGACCAUUUUUCACACACUUCGAUGGUUUCGGUAUGAUUUAAAGCCAGGUACAAUAGCAUGGAAUUCAUUGGAAACUGUUCGGAAAAUGCAUCUAUAUGCCAGUUGUUCAGCUAGUUCUGCGAAAGUUGGAAUCAUUUCUCAGAUAGACUUGAGUAUUACACAGUUUUCGUUUAUGGGGUUUGCAGUGCUAUUUAGAAAGGAACUAGGGAUUCAAUGUGAUAACAAUGAGAUGGAAGAUUUUUGUCACUUUUGGAGAGUAAUUGGACACUUGCAUGGAAUAAAGGAUGAAUUUAAUGUAUGUUGCAGCACAUUGGAAGAAACAGAAGAAAAACUUCAAAUCAUACAAAAGGAGUUUCUACUACCUCAAUUGACAAAUCCUUCCGAAGCUUUUAAAGAAUAUUCAAAAUUUAUUAUAUCUGGAGCACAAUGCUUUGAUAUCCUAGAUUAUUAUGAACCUAUAGUUUUUAUGAUGAAACGACUAAUUGGAGUGACUGGUUAUCAUUACUUUGAAUCUGAGAUUCCACCAAGCUUUGACCGUAAAAAUUUAAAAUAUUUAAAGCUUUCAUACUUAGAUCGAGUUAAUUUGUUCUUAUCAAUUAUCAGUAGACAAUUUAUGUUAAAAAUAUGCAUCAUUCGAUGGAUCAAUAAUUUUGGAACAUUUGUUGCUGAAUUCUUUGUACGAUACUUUCCUUUUAUUGCAAUUAUCAGAUUCGGGGUGCGAAAAGCUUAUGUGAGAAUCUAG